UCCCGUGUGUCUUGACUGUUUCCUAAAUCCCAGUGAACGCUCCCUUUCUUGCAGCAACGCUCUGCAGCCUGAACUGAGGUCUCCUCAUACUUUGAAAAACUUUCCAGGCGCGCCAGGCUCCAAAACCAGCAUCAUGUCGGGCAUCGCGGCCACCCUGCAGCACAGCCGGGAGAAGGACCAGGGCAUCGGCACCAACAGCCAGGCGGUGAAGCUCCUGAACCAGGACUACGCGGCUCUGCGGCAGCGCUGCCUCCAGAGCGGCCAGCUGUUCCAGGACGACACGUUCCCGGCGCUGCCCUCCUCCCUGGGCUUCAAUGAGCUGGGACCGGCCUCCUCCAAGGUCCGGGGGGUGUCCUGGAAGAGACCCACGGAGCUGACAUCAGAGCCCGAGUUCAUAGUGGCCGGAGCCACGAGGACCGACAUCUGUCAGGGAGCUCUGGGUGAUUGCUGGCUGCUCGCCGCCAUCGCCUCCCUGACCCUGAAUGAAGAAGUUCUGGCUCGAAUUGUACCCCAUGGACAGAGCUUCAAGAGAGGACAGUAUGCUGGCAUCUUCCACUUUCAGUUCUGGCAGUUCGGGGAGUGGGUGGACGUGGUGGUCGACGACCGGCUGGCAGGCAAAGAAGGGGGGGGGCUGUGGCGCCUGGGGAGGGAGUUCUGGAGCGCCCUGCUGGAGAAGGCCUACGCCAAGUUGAAUGGCUGUUAUGAGGCUUUGUCUGGAGGAAUGACCACUGAGGGCUUCGAGGAUUUCACUGGAGGAAUCGCUGAAGUCCAUGAGCUGAGACGACCCAGUCCGCAUCUGUUCCACAUCAUCCAGAAAGCUCUGGACCGAGGAUCACUGAUGGGCUGCUCCAUAGAUAUCACGAGUUCAUCAGAGUCGGAGGCGAUCACCUUUCAGAAGUUGGUGAAAGGCCACGCCUACUCAGUGACAGGUGCUGCUGAGGUGGAGUACCGAGGUAGGAAGGAGAAGCUGAUCCGGAUCAGGAACCCCUGGGGUCAGGUGGAGUGGACAGGAGCCUGGAGUGAUGAGUCAAUGCAGUGGCGUUAUGUCAGUGACGACAUUAAGGAACACCUGAGUCAUCGCUCAGAGGACGGCGAGUUCUGGAUGUCCUUCUCGGAUUUCUUGCGUCAUUACUCCCGACUGGAGAUUUGUAACCUGACGCCUGACGCUCUGAGCGACAACUCCAUCUCUAAGUGGGCUCUGUCCAAGUUCGAGGGCACCUGGAGGAGAGGAUCCACCGCUGGAGGCUGCAAGAACUAUCCUGACACGUUCUGGACAAACCCUCAGUUUGUGAUCAAGCUGGAGGAGCAGGACGACAACCCGGACGACGGACAGGCCGGCUGCACCUUCGUGGCCGGUCUGAUCCAGAAGAACCGCAGACGCAUGAGGAAGAUGGGACAGGACAUGCACACAAUCGGCUUUGCCAUCUACGAGGUUCCAGCUGAGUUCCGUGGUCAGAGAAACGUUCACCUCAACAAGAACUUCUUCCUGCGCCAUGCCUCCGCUGCUCGCUCGGAAACCUUCAUCAACCUGCGAGAAGUGUGUAACCGCUUCUGUCUGCCGCCCGGAGAGUACCUGAUCAUCCCGUCCACCUUCGAGCCGCACAAGGACGGAGACUUCUGUGUCCGGGUCUUUGCUGAGAAACCGGCCGACUUUCAAGAAAUGGAUGACCCCAUCGAGUGCAGAGUGAAGAAGGUUGACAUUACGGAGAGCGACGUGGAUGAUCGGUUCCGGAGUCUGUUCGGACAGCUGGCAGGAUCGGACUCUGAGAUCUGCGACUUCGAGCUGCAGAAGAUCCUCAACAAAGUGGUAGCCAAACGAUCCGACGUCAGGACCGGUGGCUUCAGCAUCACAACGUGUCGCAGCAUGGUCAACAUGCUGGAUAAAGAUGGCAGUGGCAAACUGGGUCUGUUGGAGUUUAAAGUGCUGUGGACCAAGAUCGAAAACUACCUGGCCAUCUAUCAGCAGAAGGACGUGGACAAUUCAGGGACGAUGAGCUCCACAGAGAUGAGGACAGCCGUGGAGGAAGCUGGUUUCAGUCUGAAUGGUCCCCUCCAUCAGAUCCUGGUGGCUCGGUACAGCGACCCAGAUCUCACCAUCAACUUCGACAACUUUGUGGGCUGUCUGGUUCGUCUGGAGACCAUGUUCAACGUGUUCGCUGCUCUGGACAAAGACAACUCAGGAACCAUUGAGCUGAAUAUGAUGAAGUGGAUCAGCGUGUCCAUGAUCUGAAGAACCGGGUCCAGAACCAGAGCCCAAUCCUGGAAACAGACUGGAACAACUGGAGCUGGAACAUUCUACAUGUAGUAUAUGUAGUCCGGUUUCUCUUUCAUUCCAGUGGGGAGGGGGAUGUUAGUGCGACACUAGUGGUGCCUGUACAUAGACGUUUUUUAACUGGGGGGUUCUUUAUGAAUUCAUUAAUCUGAUUUGUUGCUU